AUUGGACCUAGUUUUACACUGAUGCUGCCUUCAGGGACAAUGUCAUUUUAAAAUAUACUUUAUUUUUUUAAUAGCAUACAAAACAUCAGUUCGUGGGGCUCUGCUGAGGGUCACAAACAAGACGAAUUGAGUACACUUUCAGGAAAAGCCGUGAAGCAGCAGAAAGGUGGUGGUGCAUUCAGUGCCUCCUCCCUCCCCAUUGGACCACAGGAAGAGGCGCCCCUGGCAGGGAGGCCGACUGGUGGGAGUGUUGUGUCCCCUCCCCUCCUCUUCCGACGCCGAACCAGAACCAUUCAUCUCUCCCCUCCUUCGGCUUUCACAUCCGGGUUAUAUGCGCCAGUGUUUGUCUUCUGCGUCUUGUGUGUCUUGACAGUGGAGAUAAUUUCACCCUACCGAGACGCGUCGCAGCCUCUCGCCGGACUUGGCGCCUCGCAGAGCGGACACAGCUGCCGGCGCGAGUCGGUGAUGUCGCCCAGCUGUGGCGAGUCGCGGUGAAGCGGGCAUGAGGCGGUGGUGGUAGCCAGCCGUGCGGGCCAGUCUGCGGUGAUUCAAGUCCCCGAAACGAUGUCGAAGAGCCUCAAGAAGAAGAACCACUGGACCAACAAAGUCCACGAAGCCGUGAUCAGCCGCGGGAAGGACGGCGAGCUAGGUUUCGAGCUGAAGGGGGGCGCCGAGCUCGGCCAGUUCCCCUACUUGGGUGAGGUGAAAGCGGGGAAGGGGCUCAUCCAGAGCGGCAAGCUGGCCGAGGAUGAGCUGCUGCUGGAGGUCAACGACAUGCCUGUGGCCGGCCUCACCAGCCGGGACGUGCUGGCCGUCAUCAAGCACUGCAGGGACCCGGUCCGCUUCAAAUGUGUCAAACAAGGGGGGGUUGUUGACAAGGACCUGCGGCACUACCUCAACCUGCGCUUCUCCAAAGGCUCUGUGGAUCACGACCACCAGCAGAUCAUCCGAGACAACCUGUACCUGCGCACCGUUCCCUGUACCACCAGGCAGCCUAAGGAGGGGGAGGUGCCUGGGGUGGACUACAACUUUGUGACUGUGGAACGUUUUAUGGAAUUGGAGCAAAGCGGAGCCUUGCUAGAGAGCGGAACCUAUGAAGAUAACUUCUACGGGACACCCAAGCCUCCAGCAGAACCGUCCCCAGCUGCCCCUCCCCUUAAUGUGAGUGAGGCCCUGCUGCCCGGAGCCCGGCCCAGUGCCCAGGGCAAGAGGAAGAGGAACCAGUCCGUAAGCAACAUGGAGCAGCGCGCCAGCUUGGAACCCCCUGAGGAGGAGGAAGAGGAGAGCCCUGUCGUCAAUGGCAACGGAGUGGCCAUUACGCCAGAGUCCAGUGAACACGAGGACAAGAGCACCGAUGCGUCAGGGGAGGUUGCCGUGGAAACUUGUAGCCAGGCCGCAGUCACCAGCGAGGCCCCCACCGAUGGGGAGGAGGGUCCCAAAUCACCCUCCAAGUCCCCCAGCAAAGUCCCGGACGUGGACGAGGAAGAGCUGGGUCCCUUGCCCGACAACUGGGAGAUGGCGUACACGGAGAAGGGGGAAGUCUACUUCAUUGAUCACAACACCAAGACCACCUCGUGGCUGGAUCCUCGCCUGGCAAAGAAAGCAAAACCUCCAGAAGAAUGCAGAGAAGACGAGCUGCCCUACGGCUGGGAGAAGAUAGAUGACCCCAUCUAUGGCAGCUACUAUGUGGAUCACAUCAAUCGCAGGACUCAGUUUGAGAAUCCAGUCCUUGAAGCCAAGAGGCGGCUAGAGCAGCAAAGACAGAUGCAGAGUCAAGGCCUCUCUGCCCUCCCGCUGCCCACCAUAUACAGAGAAAAGCCGUUAUUCACCAGGGACCCGACCCAGCUGAAGGGAACCUUUCUGUCCACGGGCCUGCAAAAGAGCAACAUGGGCUUCGGCUUCACAAUAAUCGGAGGCGAUGAGCCUGACGAGUUCCUGCAAGUGAAGAGCGUCAUACCAGAGGGACCUGCUGCUCAGGAUGGAAAGAUGGACACAGGUGACGUUAUCGUGUAUGUGAACGACAUCUGCGUGCUGGGGACCACUCACGCUGAUGUGGUCAAGCUCUUCCAGUCGGUACCAAUCGGUCAGAGCGUCACCCUUGUACUUUGCCGAGGCUACCCUCUGCCGUUCGACCCCGAGGACCCCAGUGCUGCAAGCACCUCCAUGACGCCCAUUGGGAUGGAGCACCGCCCCCUUGUGGUGAAUGGCCGCAGCAGCUACGAUCCUUACCUGGAGUAUUUGUCUCUCAGCUCCCAGCUUCCUGCUCAAGCUCUGGCCCAGGCUGGUGUCUCCCACCCUGGGGACACGCACCUGGACGGCUCCUCCCUGCCGCCCACCACGCCUGGCUCGUCGUCGGCACUCACGCCUCAUGACGACAACGUGUCCAUGGCCUCGUCGGGGGCUGCAGGUGUUGCCGGGGCAACAGCACAAGCGGCAGAGCUACUGACGGUUACCAUGGUGAAAGGAGUGGAGGGCUUCGGGUUCACCAUUGCAGACAGUCCCACUGGUCAACGAGUCAAACAGGUGCUGGAUCCGGGCUCACAGGGGGCGUCGGGUCUGAUCGAGGGCGACCUGAUCCUGGAGGUGAACCAACAGCCGGUGGCGGCGGCAGGACAUGGACGUGUGGUGGAGAUGCUGAAAGAGUGUCCAGUUGGAGCUGAAGCCACUUUGCUCAUUCAGAGAGCAGCAACAGGCCACAUCUCUCCAUGGAAGGCCUCCAAACAGUUACCAGACCAAUGGGACCCGCACGGAAGCCCACAAGCCAACCUGUCAGGUCCAGUCCUGCCUCCAGGCACGCCCUUCCCCAACCAGCCCCAGCACCGCACGUCCGUCCCGGACUCCACUGAAGGCUUUGACCUUAACAAGCCCGACCCUUACGACCUUUACGAGAAGUCCAGGGCUAUCUACGAGAGCCGACGUGAGUCCUCGUGUCAACUUGUCACGAUUGACAGACGUUUGAUUUACGGCCAAGGAAAGAGCAACGCUAUAACACCAUCUGACGUGUGUACGUGUGCGUGUGAUUGUGCGUGUGUGUCAGGUCCUGAAUACGAAGAGGUGGAGGUGCACCUUCUGCGGGAGAAGACCGGCUUCGGCUUCCGCAUUCUGGGUGGAGACGAGGCCGUGCAGGCUGUGAGUCCGGACGCCCGUGACAAGAUUGUCAUCGGUGCCAUCAUCGAGAACACCCCCGCCGAGCGUGACGGGCGACUCCGGCCGGGCGACGAGCUCAUCUCCGUGGAUAAAAACGUGGUUGCCGGGAAACCGCACAAGUAUGUCAUUGACCUGAUGCACGCUGCUGCUCGCAACGGCCAAGUCAGCUUGACUGUGAGAAGGAGGGUCCAGAUGCUCGGUGAGGCGUGCCCCGUGAACGGCCGCAGUCCCAGCUUGGUGUCCACUCAGCACAGCUCGCCUCGAAGCGACACGCCUUCGGGCCCACCUGUGGUGUCCGUGGCGUUGGCCGGCUCUCACCAGGAAGGCUCAGCCCUGCAGACCAGCGAUGUGGUCAUUCACCGCAAAGAGAAUGAGGGCUUUGGCUUCGUCAUCAUCAGCUCUCUCAACAGGCCCGAGAACGCCGCUGUCAUCACUGUGCCCCAUAAAAUAGGCCGUAUCAUCGAGGGCAGCCCGGCAGACAGAUGUGGCAAGUUGAAAGUGGGCGACCGCAUCCUGGCCGUGAACGGACAAUCCAUCAUCAGCAUGCCUCACGCUGACAUCGUCAAGCUCAUCAAAGACGCUGGCCUCACAGUCACACUGCACAUCAUCCCAGAGGAAGGGUCCCAGUCUGGGCCUGGCUCAGAGAAGCAGAGCCCCAUGACACAGAAACAUGGUGCCCAGCCCAGCCCCGUAGCCCUGACCGGUCCGGGAGUAGCCUCGCAGCCUGGCCAGGUGGCCUCUCAGCCGUGUCAAAUGACGCUUCAGACGGGCCAGCAGGCAUCGACCCAGCCCGCUCAGACACCAGUUCAGACAAGCCAAAUCCUCAUUUGUCCUCCUGCAUCGGCGGCAUCGCACCCGACGCCGGCUGGAACCCAGCAGAGCCCCGUCACGCAUCCCGCUGGACCUCCGCCUCAGCUCUAUCUCCACGACGGCAGGUCAGAGGUUAAAGCCAGACAGGAUGUCAAACCUGACUUCCGCCAUCCUCCGUUCACUGAUUACAGGCAACCCCCAGUAGACUACCGUCACCCACCGGUGACCGACUAUCGUCAGCCCCCGACGCUGGACUACCGGCACCCACCUGGCCUGCUGGACUUCAGACAGCACCCUGCGGCCGCACAGUUCCCCCUGAGCAUCACCGCAGACUUUAGACCACAGGACUUUGAUUACUUCACAGUGGAGCUGGAGAAAAGUUCCAAAGGUUUCGGUUUCAGCAUUCGUGGAGGCAGAGAGUACAAGAUGGACCUGUUUGUGUUACGCCUUGCAGAGGACGGCCCCGCCAUACGUAAUGGGAGGAUGAGGGUGGGGGAUCAGAUCAUAGAGAUUAAUGGGGACAGCACCCGGGACAUGACUCACGCCCGGGCCAUUGAGCUCAUCAAGGCCGGGGGCAGACGGGUCAGACUGCUGCUAAAAAGAGGCACGGGACAGGUGCCUGAAUAUGACUGUGUCAGCCCCUGGGAUGCCCUUUCUACAAUCCACUCUACCCUGCAGGAAGUGACCCUGGAAGUCCACCAGAGUCCAUUGCCUUCAUCCCAUCCAGCCGCAUCCCUGGAUUCCCCUCAUCAGCUCCCUCUAGAGGCCACGGUGUGCAUGACGGCAGACAAAGCUCUGCAAGUGACAGACCACAGCUCCUCGGCUCGAGGGGCCGCAGGUGGCAGGUCCACCCAGAAGAAGUGCACAGUCAGGGGGUCUGCGGAGGUAGACAGGCAGCCUCGGGCUUUGCCUACUAAAGCUGUCUUGGGGAGGCCUGCUGAAAAAAGAGAGCGACAGAGGAACACUUGCUCCCCCUGCUGUGACAGAAAGGGCAUGAACACCCAGGCGGUGGGUACUCUCUGGCCUUGGGACCCUUAUGUGAGCGUCACUUCCAACGGAGCCUCUCUGGCUGGUGGAGAUGCACAUGUGAGCCUCCAGGAGAGGCUGCUGUCCAGAGGAGUUUACCCCAGAGAGGAGGAGCGCCCCAGUGGCCACGUUGGGCUCUGCUGCCCCUCUAAAAGCGGAGAAACACCACCUGCAAGGAGUGCAGGUACUUGGAACAUGCCUGGGCCAGAUAAGCUGCCUGGCACCCUGAGGUCUUGGACCUCCACUGUCAGCAGGUAGAAAGGAUCCUGUGGACAAAGCUCACCUAUAUCCUCCCCAUCCACUCUUCAUAGUUCAUUCAUUUAUGAGAUGAUUAUUACACCCACCACCUUAAAGAGCAAAACUCUCACAGCUGUUGUAACAUAGAGUGUGGACUCUGACAGAGACAAGACUUUUGGUGGACAUGUCUCCGAGUAUAUACUGUAAAGAUGUCAACAAUAUGUACAUGUGGUGUUUUAUUCAAACAAGAAGACGACGGGGGGAAACACCAUUACGUAGGAUCCAAUUCUCCUACCUGGGCCUCCGCUACAUAUCAAAGACACGUCACCAAGUGGGCGACCCAUACAGGUGGUUUUGUGCAUGAAAUGCAAAACAAGAGGACCACUUCCUUCUCUUUUUUUUUAUGAAACUGAAGUCGGUAAGAACGCACACCUCUGAGUUAUGUACACAACUCGAUCAUAACCAUGCAGUCAUUGUGCACUAUUAUUAUUAUAAUAAACCUGUCUUGUAUUCAUUUAAAGCUCCAACAAAAAAAAAAAGCAUCGUCCAAGUCUAUAUUCCCCAUUUCUAUGCCUUUUUAACUGUGCUAUGUGUACCACAUCACUGUGGGAGAGGGGCAUCAGUAAGUGUGAGGAAGAUGAUGGACAGGGGAGGGCGGAGUGCCUUACUCAAAACUAAUUAGGGAGUUUUCGACAGCGACACAUAUCAGCAACGCCUCUACAGUGCAGUAUGACGUCACUAAAGCUAGUGUACAGCGUCUUCAUGUCAGUGUUAUAGCAUUACUCUUCAUUCUAAUAAUAAUUAUAAUAGUCAUGAUCAACUCAUUGACAUUUCUAGGUGCUUUUUUUAUUUGACAGUUUAACCUCCAAGGUGGAAUGUUACGUACUUAAUAAAUGUAACAUGGCAACAUGUUGGACUUUUGACAUCCACAUUGCAAUUGGCACCCUGAUUUGCUCCUCAAUCUUAAUUCUUCAUUGCACAAGUAUAAAAAUAAAUCAAUUUCUUCAUAGAAAAGCUUAAAAACCAAGCUUUUUUGUGACGGUUAUUCCAAAAGGGGACUCAACAAGGUUGAAAAUGCUUUUUUAAAAAUUACUUAACAAUGCUUAACUUCUUUUUACAUUUCUAGGCCCGUUAAGUAAAAAGGAUGCGUGGGACAACUCACCUUUUCAUUACUUCCUGAGUGAGUUAAGAAUGUUAAAAAGUUACGUCACAUCUAUAGUUAAUAGCGGUGUUAUGAUGGGGCCAGUUUGACCCAGGAACGGAUCAUUUCCAUUAUUUCCUAUUGAAAAAUGUUGACAUACACAAAAGCUUAAAAACAAACUUUUCAAAGCAGUCAUUCUCCAGGGUCAACAUCAUUUGUUCAAAUCAACACUACUGUUUUUUUUUCUGCUUUACUAUUAACUGUGCUUAACUAAUUUUUCACUUGUAGGAAGUUUAAAAUUGAGAUGCAUGGCUCCAAUCACCUUUGCAUUAUAUCCUAAGUGAGUUAAGAAUGUUCAAACGUUACUGAAAACAUUGUCUCUACAGUUAAGAGUUAUAAUGGUGACGGGUUGACCGUGGAACAGAUCAUUUCCAUUAUUUCCAAUUGGAACAUUUUGAAAUCCAAACAAAUGCUUAAAAACAAACUCUUUCUAAGCAGUAAUACUCCAGCGUCAACAAAGUUGAGCUUUUUUUUGGCUUAAAUUUUUACUACAGUGUUUACGAGAUAAAACUCAACUUUUCAUUGCUUCAAACUUGAGGUUUGUGUUCCACCUUAGAGGUUGUGCUUUUUGUCACUUCAGAUCACAACUUCUCAGCAUCUUGUCUAUUUUUUUUCCCCCCCCACAUACACAAACACAAAUUAAAUUGCAGUCAAUAAGGUGUUUUGUUUGUUGAGAUUUUGGAUGUGCCUGAAUGCAGCAUGUUUGUCUGAGAUGCUAAUAGUAUGUAAAAAGUCUUUGGCCAACACCAGCGUUGUUGUUUGGAUGAACUUUUUCCACGGCCUCGUAAAAGAGUAAACAUUAUUUUCAAUUUAAGUAACUUUCUGCUUAAUUUUAAGUGUCAGCCUUAUUAUUAGUUAACAAUUUCAGUGCAUGCUAUCCAACUAUGGAAUGAGUCAAAAUGUAGUGUCAAGCGGAGGUUACAUUUAAAAACUUGAUGGCCCAAGACUUUUGCACAGUUGUGUUGACUAGACUGAUGUUCACCCAUACGUGUCUCAAUUAGACAAAGCUGGUUUGUGAUGUGUAUUAAGAAGUUAUUGAGCUCUUUUUUAAAAGGUAUGGCCAAAAGGUCAAAAGUGAGAGAAAAUGUCCUCAAUCUCCACACUCACACCUCUGCCCUGCCUCCCUGCCUAUUGUGAGUCAUUUUAUAAACCGUAAAGAAAAAAGAAAAACCUGUGAAGAGCAAUGGCACCCGUCCAUCCCAACCUGCAUUCGUGUGUUGGUGUUGCUUCACCUUGUACAGCUGUAUUCCUACAAAUAUGGUUUACUGUAUCAUUGAUACUGUAGUUUCAAAGACGUUAACAACUAUUUUUAUGAAAUGCGACAGUACUGAUAUAUUACAUUUUGCUAUGAAAAAAAUGUUAAAAAAAAACAAACCAAAAAAAAAAAAAAACUUGUUUACCGAAAGAUAUUCUGAAAUACUGUCAAAUAAAGUCUUGACAUGGUGGACGAGAGAUUGUUUACUUGUCAUGAUGAUAUAUAGAACAAAGAAUGAAGGUUUGAUUUAAUAAACAUUUACACGUAGGCACCUUUUGUGUGUGUGUGUGAGUGUGUGUGGUAUUAGCCUGUAAUCCACCUUCAAACACUCAGUUUGCUUUGCUUGCGCAUUUGUUUUUCGUGUUGUUUUUUUCAAGGGCACAUUCAUUUACAAAUCAGGAUGACUGUGAUGUCAGCUGACUCACAACGUUGUUUGAAUCUGCGGGAGGCGAAGCUUGAUGGUUGGCUUGCUGCAUAUUCAC